CUCCCGUAAGCCCCUCCCCGUCCCGCCCGGCCCAGGUGGAGGAGGCGGCGUGGAGCGGCGGUGGGAGCGGGGCGUGGAUGCGCACCAGGCAGAGCAAGAGAACCUCGGCCAUGCCCUGGGGCUCUCGUGCAUGAAGGACAGGAGAAAGAAGAAGGAGCCUGUUGAGAAGCACUGCAUGGGAUCCCUGCCACUCUUAUGAGCCUACUUCUUACUCAACAUGGCAUCCAGCAACAAGAAUGGGAGCAGCCGCUCCAGCAGCAGCCGCCUGCAGAGCAAGAAGCCCCCCAACCUCUCCAUUGUGAUCCCCCCAUCCCGGGAGGCAGAGGAUGAUGGCACCCGCAAGGAGCCCUCUAAGGUGCCCAUCUAUCGGAAGAGCAAGAGCCUGCAGGAGCCACGCUCCAAGGGAUGUGACAGCUCAGAACGGCGGCCGGGCUUCCGCAGACAGACAUCCCUGUCCCAGAGCAUCCGCAAGAGCACAGCAGAAUGGUUCGGUGUCAGCGGCGACUGGGAAGGGAAGCGGCAGCACUGGCAGCGCCGGAGCUUGCAGCACUGCAGCAUGAGGUACGGCAAACUGAAGGCUGCCUACCGCGACAUGGAGCUGCCCAGCCAGGAGGUGCCUUCCUUCCAGGGCACUGAGUCACCCAAACCAGCCAAGAUGCCCAAGAUCGUGGACCCGCUGGCCAGGGGCCGUCCCUUCCGGCACCCCGAUGACACCGACCGUCCCCAUACGCCCCACGUCCUGCCCCCACACACCCCGGGUGUUGCAUCAUUGGCAUCCCUGGGCAGUGCCCGCUCUGGCUAUGGCCGCCUGCCGCGCCGCAAGAGACUGUCAGUGGCACACAUGAGCUUCAGGGCAGCUGCUGCACUGCUCCGUGGCCGCUCUGUCUUGGAGCCUCUGGCUGAGAAGCAGAGGAGCACCAAGAGGAGCUUCAUGUACCCCAGCUUCAUGGAUGAGGACGUGAUGGAUACUGCUGACACUCUGGACUCCUCCUUCUUCAGUAAGAUGGACACGCACGACGAGACGUAUUCCAUGCCGGAUGACGUCUUUGAGUCCCCACCGCUCUCAGCCACGUAUUUACGCAUGCACUCAGUGGGGGAGGAUGUCAGGGCAUCCCCAGAGGUGGAGCAGAUUGCACUACGUGAGGGUGCCCGGCUCGCUGCUGCCUCAGCUGGCCCAGCCCCGCAGAGGGGCAGACGCAUCGCUUCCAAAGUGAAGCACUUCGCCUUCGACCGCAAGAAACGUUACUAUGGGCUGGGGGUGGUGGGGCAGUGUCUGAACAGGACGUACCGCCGCAGCCUCAGCAGCAUCGUGCAGUCACAGCUGGAGAUCACCGACAGUCACCGGCCAUAUUUCACCUACUGGAUCACCUUUGUCCACAUCCUCAUCACUUUGUUGGUCAUUGGCACGUAUGGCAUCGCUCCCAUUGGCUUUACCCAGCAUGUGACGACAGAGUUAGUGCUAAGGAACAGAGGGGUUUAUGAAAAUGUCAAGUAUGUUCAGCAGGAAAACUUCUGGAUCGGCCCCAGUUCAAUCGACCUGAUUCACCUGGGAGCCAAAUUCUCACCCUGCAUCAGGAAGGAUCGCCAGGUGGAGCGGCUCAUCCAGCGUGAGCGGGACAGGGAGCGUAACUCAGGCUGCUGUGUCCAGAAUGACAAAUCAGGCUGUAUCCAAACACUGCCACAGGACUGCUCGGAAACGCUGGCGACGUUCAUCAAGUGGCCCAACAACAACACGCCGACCAUGGGCUCCGGUGAGAAGCGCACGUCAGGGGCUGUGUGUCACCAGGACCCCAGGACAUGUGAAGAACCAGCCUCAAACCCUCCCCACGUGUGGCCAGACGACAUCACCAGGUGGCCGAUCUGCACCUAUGAGACAAAAACCAACCACACAGGCCUCCCUCACAUGGACUGUCAGAUCAAGGGCAGACCCUGCUGCAUUGGCACCAAGGGCAGCUGUGAGAUCACAACGCGGGAGUACUGCGAGUUCAUGCAUGGCUACUUCCACGAGGAGGCAACGCUCUGCUCACAGGUGCACUGCCUGGAUGAAGUCUGUGGCCUCCUGCCCUUCCUUAACCCAGAGGUCCCUGACCAGAUCUACCGCCUGUGGCUGUCCCUGUUCCUGCAUGCAGGCAUCAUCCACUGCCUGGUGUCGGUGACCUUCCAAAUGACGAUCCUACGGGACCUGGAGAAGCUGGCAGGAUGGCAUCGCAUCUCCAUCAUCUUCAUCCUCAGUGGCAUCACAGGCAAUUUGGCCAGUGCCAUCUUCCUGCCGUACCGGGCAGAGGUGGGCCCUGCUGGGUCGCAGUUCGGUUUGCUGGCCUGCCUCUUUGUGGAGCUCUUCCAGAGCUGGCAGGCGCUGGAGAAGCCAUGGAAAGCUUUGCUCAACCUCUCUGGCAUCGUCCUCUUCCUCUUCGUCUGCGGCCUCCUGCCCUGGAUUGACAACAUUGCCCACCUCUUUGGCUUCCUCAGCGGCCUCCUGCUCUCCUUUGCCUUCCUGCCCUACAUCACCUUCGGCACAAUGGACAAAUACCGCAAGCGAGCCAUGAUCAUCGUGUCCCUGCUGGUCUUCCUGGGCCUCUUCACCUCUCUGUUCAUCUGGCUGUAUGUCUACCCCAUCAACUGGCGCUGGAUCGAGUACCUCACCUGCCUGCCCUUCACCAGCAAGUUCUGUGAGAAGUACGAGCUGGAGCAGGUCCUACAUUAACCCAUAGAGGGGCUGCGAGGCUGUGGCUUGCCUGCCCAAGCCCUGCUAUAAGCCCAGGACAGCUUAUGGGGUGAGGCAGCAGCUGGACCCCACGGUGCCAAUCCUACUGUGAACAUAAUGCCCUUUUUGCAUGGGGCACUUUUGUACCUACAUCUCCUGGCCGUGUCCAUCACCUCGGGGCUGACAGGGGCUCUGUGGCUGUAUUCUGGUUCAUCCCUUUCUCCAACCUGCCCCAGUGGGGAUGGGGUCCUCCAGUACUUCUCAGCCCUGGGGUUUUUAAUUCUGGGAGGGCUGGGGGGUGUUUUCUUGAAUGGGCUUUUUGGGGACCCUGGUGGUUUCCCCACUGGAGGAUUUUUGGAGUUUUGUUUUGGGUUUUUUCUUUUUUUGCAGUUCUGACACUCUCAGAGCUGAGGAUUGAAGUUAUUUUUUGGCCCCCUGUUUGUUCCCAAGGGCUCAGGAGCAAAGCUGGGCUCCUCGCGACAGGCUCCUUUCUGGGUGGGGGUGGGAUGGGGGUGGUGCUGCUUUUAACAUUCAUCUCAGUGAGGAUCCUGCUGGAAGUGGAGCACUGUGCUGGGAUGUAAGCAUAGAAGAAAGCACUCGAGUGGUUUUGUUCAGCUCCUCCUGGAUCCCCAGGAUGAGGCAGAUUUUGGCUCCUCAGGACCCCCCUCCUGCUGCCCCCACUGUCACCUCUUGUCCUUCAGGGUGUAACCAGGUGGCUCAUCCAGUGCUGUGGGUGACAGCGCUGCUAACAGGAGCAGCACGAGUCCCCCCAUCAAAACAAGCAUCUAGUCUAGGGCUCUCAGCCCCAUGUAUCCCCCCCUUCUUUGCCGCAGGCCGGCUGCAGCCCCAUUCCUUGCUCCUCCAGCGCUGCUCCAGCCAAAGAUUGGCCCCUCACCUCAGUUGUCUCCUUUUGAUACUUUUUUUUUUAAUUAUUAUUAUUAUUUUUUAAGAAAGCCGUGGAAUUUUUUUCACCCUGAAUAAAUUUCUACCUGUAUUUAAAGAGCUCCAC